AUGGAAGAAUGUUUGUUUCAGGGAAGAAAGAAUUUGGCGCAUGUUCCGCGCACGUGCGACGAUGAAAACGAUGAGGAACGGAGUUUGGAUCUGUUGGGGAGGUUCGUUCAGAAUGUGUUGAAAGUCUCAAAGAGAGCAAGGAAAGCAGUUGGAUCCGUUCUCCCUUUCCCCAUCUCAGCACAAUUGGUGGGAUUUUCUGUUAACGGGGUCCUGGUGCUGGCGUUCUUGUGGGUUUCGAAGGCAUUUCUUGAGGUAUUUAUGCACACUUGAAGUGUAAUGUUUGUAAGCAUCUUAUUAAUCCGUGGAAUAUGGUCUGGUGUUAGUCUUUUACAAGACAGCCAACACCAAAAAAUGGAAGAACUUGAUGUAGACAACAAUGCAUGGAAUGGUGUGCAGCCUGUAACUUUAGUUCGUUGAAUCAUUCUGAAGAAAUGCACAAACUAGUCAUUAUUAAGACCAAUUAUUCUCUUUA